AUGUUCCAGGGUGACAAUGAUAUGAUAGCGAUUGCGUGUACGAUCAAGCGAUUGCGUGUACGAUCAAGCGGUUGCGUGUACGAUCAAGCGAUUCGGUUGCGUGUGCGAUCACGAUACGACAGGCCACGGUUCCGUGCACGAUGUACGUUCCAGGAUGGCAAUGAUAUGAUAGCGGUUGCCGGUUGCGUGUACGAUCACGAUACGACAGGCCACGGUUCCGUGCACGGCUAUAGGUUCUGUUCCGUGUACGAUUAUACAAUGUUCCAGGGUGACAAUGAUAUGAUAGCGGUUCGGUCCGGUUGUGUGUACGAUCACGAUACGACAGGCCACGGUUCCGUGUACAAUUAUACAGUGUUCCACGGUCGUGUGUACGAUCACGAUGUUCUGUUCCGUGUACGAUUAUACGAUGUUCCAGUACGAUUAUACGGUGUUCCAGUUGUGUACGAUCACGAUGUUCUGUUCUGUGUACAAUUAUACGUGGCUCUAGUUAUCAGCUCACAGAUCACAAACUCUGUUCUAGUUGAAAUGACAAACAAUAUCGAACCCUCAAAAUUGGUCAGGUUGUUGAGCAGCGAUGGUUUCAGUCAAAGUAAGAUAGAACUUGAGAGCGGUAUAGGACAGUGGUAA